AUGUUGGCAGUUUUAUUGGGGUUGCUUCCUAGGUUUGGGGAGGUGGGUUGUUGGCAGUUUUUUACCUUAUGCUUUUUAAGAAGGCCAAUUAUUUUGUACCGGGGUUCUUUGGAAGGUUAUGUGAUGGGGGAUUUUUUUAUCUUAGAUGAUUGGUCUAGGUCUUUAGUUUUUUUGUGUUUUUGGUUGGGGGCUUUGAUAUUAAUAAUUUCUAAGCCCGAGUUAAGGGGGUUGAGUGUAUGAGGGGUAGUUUUUUGUUGCUUUUUAGCUUUUUCUUGUUGGAAUUUUCUUUGAUUUUAUGUAUUUUUUGAGUUAACUUUAGUUCCCAUGGCCAUUAUAAUUCUUAAGUGAGGUAUACAGCCGGAGCGAAUCACUGCAACAUUUUAUAUAUUUCUUUAUACUUUAGGGGGUUCAAUUCCGUUUCUUGUUUUUCUUGUGUUUGUUUUUUGGGGGGAGUCUUCUUUUUUCAUGGGUUUUAACGCGGAUUUACUGGGGGGUUUGGGUUGGUGGGGGUGUUGUGCUGUGGUCGUUUUUUUUGUUAAAAUUCCUUGUUAUCCAUUUCAUCUUUGGUUAACUAAGGCCCAUGUAGAGGCCCCGACAACAGGGUCUAUAGCUUUGGCGGGUUUAUUGCUAAAGUUAGGGGGAAUUGGGUUAAUGCGUGUAUUUUUAAGGUUUGGUCAGUUGUCUUAUUCGGUGCAGGUCUUUUGGGCUAAUGUAGGAAUUUGGGGGGGUGUGUUGAGGUCUGUAGCUUGUCUUCGCCAAGUUGAUAGGAAGGCCCUCAUUGCCUAUUCUUCGGUAGGGCACAUGUGCUUGGUUCAGCUUAGGAUUUUAAGUGGAAGAAGAGUUGGUUGGUUAGGUGCUCUGUUUAUAAUAGUGGCUCAUGGGUUAAGAUCCUCAGGUCUUUUUGGAAUUAUUGGGGAGUACUAUGAUAAGGUUAAGAGUCGAAGUUUAAUAGUUUGUUCGGGGUUUGAGAUGUUAUUUCCGAGAUCUGGGAUUUGGUGGUGUAUGGUAGUGUUUUGUUCGAUGAGGUGUCCUCCUAGAUUAGGAUUUUUAGGGGAGGUGGUUAUGGGGAUGGGGGUUUGUGGGUCGUUUCCUUUAGGUUUUAUCCCUUGUUUUCUUCUUUUAUUCUUUUUUAGGGGUGCUAGAAUGAUGGUUUUAUACACGAGGGUAAGGCAUGGGAGUUCAGGAUCUUCGCUUUUACCAUCUUUUCGUGGGGUGGGUAAAUUUAGAUAUUUAGGAGUUUUUCACGCUACCCCAUUAUUCCUUCUUUUUUUCUUCCCUGGGUUUUUGUAG